AUGCCUCGAUGUUUGAUGGCGAAAAAGUGGAAGGCCUACCCGUGGCCGGACCGAGCCGAAGAGCAACCCCCAGCGUCACCGUCACCGACCGCCGGUGAUCCCCCGCUGGUCGGCACGGUAACGACCCAAGACAUUGACUCCACCUCCCCCAGCAGCAGCAGCAGCGCCACCGACAACAGCGAGUCUGGCAGCAGUGCUGCCAGCAGUGGUUCGUCACCGGCGCCUGAAUGUAGUCAACCGGCAUCUGCCACGGCGGUGACGGCGGGCGGCCAGUCGUCGUCCAGUCCAACAGUCGAGCCGCCGAUGGAGGAGGACGAAGAGAUCGACGUCGUCGGUGACUCGCCGGCGGCAGCGACGGCAACACCGGCCAGCGGCACCAAGUCGACCGGCACGGUGGCCACCUGUUGGGGACCUUCGUCACCGACGGCCGGUGCUACGGCGCCGAGUCCACCGCCACACUCACCCGAAGCGGCCACACGCGAGUCCACCAUCCUCUACAACGGUUAUGGUCGUGACAUCACCCAUCACUUCACCGCCUACCUGCCAAAGUUGGACCCCGAGGCGUCGAGCUACCAACAGCAGCAGCAGCAGCAACAGCAACCAUCAUCCCAGCAGCAGUUUAUAGCCCUCGCCCCCGUAUGCAGCGCACCGCAGACAACCUCAGCCGGAAGUUCCGAUCCGGAGGCGCCCAGCCUGACCCCGGGCGAUCCACAGCGUUCGCCGAGCCACGGCACGGCGUCGGCUCCUAAGAAGUCACUCGCCAUGUGCUUCACCAGCACCGGCACGGCGCUAUCGCUGCCGCCGAAGAAGAAGGACAUCUACCGGCCGUACUCGCUGGACGACAGGCCUCCGCCCCGGCCCAGCUACGAGCUGCGGAUCCCGGCCGAGGAGGACCUGCACGCGGCCCACGCCAUCCUCGAUCUGAGCGCGUCGACGGCCUUCCUGCCACCGCCGGCACCCCACCAGCUUGGCGGGCUAGUUCAGCCCGCUCCGACGCCCCCGAACCCGACCGUCAUCCUGGUGCCCGCACCUUCGAAACCCGCACCCAGCGACUCCAGCGAUCGGUGCCCUACGUCACCAUUGCCGAUGCUGCUGGUGGCUCACCACCAGCCGCAGCCACCGUUGCAUCAGCCACAGGUGUCCUCGGCGGUGCCACUCCUGUCGCCACCGACGAUCCCCAGUUCGCUGGGGUCACCCGGGGAGCAGAACGAGAACCGGAAUAGCAUCAACACGCUCGAGUGUCGAGGAGCGAUCGGGAACGAUCACCGGGAGCAGGGCCCGUCGUCGUCGGACCCGUCGUCCGACUCCGAGUCCGGCCCGAACGGGUCCAAAACCGUGGCCUACACGUACGAGGCGUUCUUCGUGAGCGACGGACGCUCGAAGAAGAAGAUGGCCGACCCGAAGGCGGUGCUCGAGAACAAGGCCAAGUACACGUGCACCGAGUGCGGGAAGCAGUACGCCACGUCGAGUAAUCUGUCGCGGCACAAGCAGACCCACCGCAGCCUAGACUCGCAGUCGGCCAAGAAGUGCCACACGUGCGGCAAGGCGUACGUCUCGAUGCCGGCCCUGGCGAUGCACGUGCUGACGCACAAACUGUCCCACAGCUGCGGCGUCUGCGGUAAGCUGUUCUCGCGGCCCUGGCUCCUGCAGGGCCACCUGCGGUCACACACGGGUGAAAAGCCGUACGGAUGUGCGCACUGCGGCAAGGCGUUCGCCGAUCGGUCGAACCUGCGGGCUCACAUGCAAACGCACUCGGUCGACAAGAACUACCAGUGCGGCCGAUGCCACAAGACGUUUGCCCUCAAGUCGUACCUCAACAAGCACCUGGAGUCGGCCUGCUUCAAGGAGGACGGUGCCCCGAUGUCCCCGCUGUCGCCCGGCUCGAUGGACAGCUCGUCGAUGGACAUGAUGGACGGUGAGCUGCAUACGCUGGGCGAUCGCCGCCACCAGAUGGCGCUGAAGCGCGAGAACAACGUGGACAUCGAGGGCGACGAAUCGAGCGAAUCGGUGCCACCGCCACUAUCACCCGCAGCACACCUGACCGUGGGCACCACCAGCAACGGGGCCGGUAACAUUUUUGUGAUGAAGAAUCUGGCCACCAGUUUGGGCGCAACGUCCGGUGCGGCCGCGGCGGCCAUCUUGACGACGGCGCAACAGCAGCAGCUGCACCAUCACCCCCCGCCGCAGCACCAUCACGCGGCGGUGCAGAUAAACGUCAACUUUGCCGGGUAA